CUCUAGUAGCUUGAGGGUUAUUUCAACAUGAUUUGACUGGCUGGCAGCCCUGCUGUCAAAUUAAUGUCAGCGAAGGAAAAGUCCAAAUCAGCCGACAGGUGAAAAAAUAACUAAUCAGCCGCGUUUGUCGUGUAGUAGCGGAAAGCAGAUAAAAAACCACAUAGUUUUGACUAAAAAUCAAUCCUUUGGUAAGAUUUGGCAGCAGGUGUUGGUAGUAUAGACGGGUGCGCUUACAAAAUGAGGUAUAGCGCUGGCGAUGUCUGGCGCCGUGGGUUAGCUCUACUACUAGUUCUAUUAUCGACCUGCAGUGGAUUAUACGAAGACCAGAUAGGAAAAUUUGACUGGCGACAACAGUACGUUGGAAAGAUAGUGGAUGGUGCCUUCGAUACAUCAUCCGUCGAUCGGAUAAUUGUCGCGACCGAAAGCAACGUGCUUGCAGCAAUUAGCGCCAAAACUGGUGAUAUCCUCUGGCGCCAAGUGCUAGAAAAUGGUCCCCGUGGCACGGUAAAGCUUUUGCACGUUACAAGCCCUUCAUCGACUGGGGCGAGAAUAAAUCGAGGCAAUAGCGGGUACGAUGUGAUUACCGUCACUGGCAGUAAUCCGGCAUUGGUUCGCGGAUGGAAUUCCAACCUAGGUACGCUCGAAUGGGAAUGGUCCCUGUUACCGUCGGUCGCCGAGGAAUCUGCAAUGGCCGCGGUUUGGUUUGAGCAUGAUGGGCUACUCUACCACGUCGUGCCCGUUUGGGGAUCGCACCUGGAAGUGACACCAUAUCAGGCUGUAUCCGGCCAACAGGCACGGUCAACGACGAGUCGCAUUGCCGCUGGUUGGAUUGCAAAGGAUCGCUGUACCCUGGCCGGCAGCUUUUUUGCCUGCGGCAUCAAGGAACAGUUGCUCGGGCUCGAUCUAGCGGCAGAUGCUAGCAGCACGGUUGUUUCGAAACCACUCGGCUCGGAAGCUAUUGGUUGUCCCAGGGCGGUACGUGGAGAAGCGGCUGUCAUCCAAAAUGGCCGCUACUAUUCGUUGCGUUCCGAUAAAAAACUUGCCUUUGGAUCGCGUGAUGCUGCAAUGGUAGAUCACAUGGUGCAGGAGGGUGAACCGAUUCUUCUCCAAGGUAUGAUUGAUCGGACGAUCAACAAGCUAACGCUCAAUGCACACCGGUUGCGCGAUUUUGUGCGUUUCGAACCGGUCGAAUUCAGUACGGAGUUCAGUGAAACGUUAGGCGAUCCGGAACUGAUUGCCAUUCGUUGCAAACAAUCGUCCGGUGGUGGUUCAUCGAGAGUCGCAGCUGGGCUUGUGUGUCGGGUACUUUUAUCCACCGAGGAUGGAGCAAUCGUGCUGGUGCAGCAGGGAAAAAUAAAAUGGGUACGCGAAGAAGCACUAGCCGAGGUGGAGACGGCCGAUUUCCUCGAUCUCACGCUUUCCGAUGCUGAGGGCGCAAUUGAGGAGGAGCUUAACAACAAAAAUGCAGAAGAAAAUGGGCCGGAAUGGGAUGUCUUCGGAGCCUUCCAGCGCCGCAUCACAGCACAGUUGUCACACGUGAAAAAUUUGAUCCUACAUGUUCUUGGCAUUGGACCGGCUCCAUCGAAAGCCCAACGGGCUGGCCUGGUGAGGGAUGAUUUCGGACUGCACAAGAUGCUCAUAGUGGUCACGUCCAGCGGAAAGAUAUUUGGCAUCGACAAUGUGUCGGGCAAACAUCACUGGGUGCGCUAUCUGUCGACCUUCACCGGUUUCGGCAACGGGCAGCCAAUGAAACUGUUAGUGCAGCGCACCUCUCGCUUCUAUCCACUACCGGCCCAGUGCGUCAUUCUAGGGCGUGAGAAGAGUGAUUCAAAAAGGGCGCUACUUUACGUGUUCAACCCCAUCACCGGUCAACCGGUUGCCGGUGGUGGUUUAAUCACAUUGCCUUACCGCGUACAGCAGGUUGCGCUGUUACAUCAAACGGGUCCGGAUUUCCUUAAAGGCUUGCUGCUGCUUGACUACGAUAACAAUGCGCACGUGGUUCCGGAAUCGUUGGCAGUACAUGCGAACAAUUUCUAUCUCUUCACCACCGACCAGCGAAUGGCGCAGAUGCGUGGCUUUCUGGUGCAGUACCGUGCCGGCAAGCUUGAAACCCUUCCCACGUGGCAGAUCGAUUUGAGUGGAGCGAGCAAAAGCCAACAAAUUAUUGCGUGCGAAGGUAAGAGCCCUAUCGAGCACGUGCACUCGCAGGGACGUGUCAUGGCGGACCGAUCGGUACUGUACAAGUACAUCAAUCCGAAUCUCGUUGCCGUCGCAACUAAUGGGCCGGAUAAUAUUCAUAAAUACAUUCUGAACGUGCAUUUGGUGGACGUUGUAUCUGGCUCUAUUGUGUUUUCAAUGUCGCAUAAACGCAUUCGUCCACCGCUGCACAUGGUGCACUCGGAGAACUGGUUAGUUUAUUCGUACUACAAUGAUAAAGCACGCCGCACAGAGAUAACCUCGAUCGAGCUGUACGAGGGCAAGACACAAACAAACAGCACCGUAUGGAGCUCACUGGAUGCACCGCCACUACCGAUGGUGGAACGCCAAUCUUACAUACUGCCGAUGGCGGUGGCCGCACUGAAGGAAACCAUCACCGAGAAAGGCAUCACAAGCAAACACAUUUUGAUCGGGCUUACGACAGGCGCGGUCGCUGAAAUGUCCUGGGCAUUGCUUGAUCCCCGGCGACCUGUCACCUCGCCCGAAAAGGCACGCGAAGAGGGCAUUGUACCGUACAUGCCGGAACUUCCGCUACCGCAUGAAAUUCUUAUCAACUACAACCAGACGGUGGCACACAUUCGCGGCAUGCAUACGGCUCCAUCCGGGCUGGAGAGCACCUGUCUGGUACUGGUGCACGGGCUCGAUCUGUUCGUGACUCGCGUAUCUCCAUCGAAAACAUUCGAUCUGCUAAAGGAGGACUUUGAUUACUUCCUCAUCACGGUUGUGCUAGUUGUGCUAACCACUACAUCCUUUGUGGUGAAACAGCUCUCCUCGAAAAAGCUCAUCAAGCAAGCGUGGAAGUGAUCACCGUAUGUAAGGAACAAUAACAAAACCGUACACUUUAAGCGGUCGAAGCAAGCGAGCGAUUCCUGUGUAUGGAAAAUGGUGUGUGGCGUGUAACACCAUUCGUAUUGUACAACCAAAAAGACAUUUAAAUGCAUUUUCACUUCAAACCUAUUUGCUACGCGCGAUCGAGUUUUGUUUGUAACCGGACACACCUUAUUCUUAUUGCGUUCGCUGUUCUAGUAGUUUCUGUCUAAUUGAAAUAGGUAUGUAAAACAUGCGCCCAUUGGUAUCGUGGCGUGCGGAAAAGAAAUCCAUUUGCUCUGGUAUAUUCGUUCACCCCACAAUGCGAAUUGGCAGCUAUUUUAAUUUUCCUUUAACUUGGUGGCAACUUCGGUAGCUGGGCGUAUAUUACAAUUAUUUUAUUUUAAGUUUCAUUCGUAGUUUAAUUUUCUAGACCAAAUAAAAACUAAAAAACGGUGGUGGAUCUUCCGCCAAAACAGUGUGACAGUGAA